AUGCCCAUCCAGAUCUUCUGCUCUGUGUCAUUCUCCUCUGGAGAGGAAGCCCCAGGGCCCUUGGGAGAUGUUUGGGGUCCGCACCAGCGGCGGCAGCGGGACAAGUCAGAAUCAGAAGAGGAGGAAGAGAAGGAAAAGGAGGCAGUGAGGAAGAAGGCUAGAGAGGGGGAUUCGCCCAUGGAUUUGGUGGCCUUUGCCAACAGCUGCACCCUGCAUGGCACCAGCCACAUCUUCGUGGAGGGGGGUCCAGGGCCGAGGCAGGCCCUGUGGGCAGUGGCCUUUGUUCUGGCACUGGGUGCCUUCUUGUGCCAGGUAGGGGACCGCGUUGCCUAUUACCUCAGCUACCCGCACGUGACUCUGCUAGACGAGGUGGCCACCACGGAGCUGGCCUUCCCGGCGGUCACCCUCUGCAACACUAAUGCUGUGCGGCUGUCCCAGCUCAGCUACCCCGACUUGCUCUACCUGGCCCCCAUGCUGGGGCUGGAUGAAAGUGAUGACCCUGGGGUGCCUCUGGCCCCACCGGGGCCUGAGGCCUUCUCUGGGGAGCCCUUUAACCUGCACCGCUUCUACAAUCGCUCUUGCCACCGGCUGGAGGACAUGCUGCUCUAUUGUUCCUACUGCGGGGGGCCCUGUGGCCCUCACAACUUCUCGGUGGUCUUCACACGGUAUGGAAAGUGCUACACAUUCAACUCGGGCCGAGAUGGGCGUCCACGGCUGAAGACCAUGAAGGGUGGGACUGGCAAUGGGCUGGAGAUCAUGCUGGACAUCCAGCAGGACGAGUACCUGCCCGUAUGGGGAGAGACUGAUGAGACGUCCUUCGAAGCGGGCAUCAAAGUGCAGAUCCACAGUCAGGAUGAACCUCCCUUCAUCGACCAGCUGGGCUUUGGUGUGGCCCCAGGGUUCCAGACCUUUGUGUCCUGCCAGGAGCAGCGGCUCAUCUACCUGCCCCCGCCCUGGGGCACCUGCAAAGCUGUUACCAUGGACUCGGAUUUCUUCGACUCCUACAGCAUAACUGCCUGCCGCAUCGACUGUGAGACACGCUACCUGGUGGAGAACUGUAACUGUCGCAUGGUGCACAUGCCAGGGGAUGCCCCAUACUGCACUCCAGAACAGUACAAGGAGUGUGCGGAUCCUGCUCUGGACUUCCUGGUGGAGAAGGACCAGGAAUACUGUGUGUGUGAAAUGCCCUGCAACCUAACCCGCUAUGGCAAGGAGCUGUCCAUGGUCAAGAUCCCCAGCAAAGCGUCAGCCAAGUACCUGGCCAAGAAGUUCAACAAGUCUGAGCAGUACAUAGGGGAGAACAUCCUGGUGCUGGACAUUUUCUUUGAAGUCCUCAACUAUGAGACUAUUGAGCAGAAGAAGGCCUAUGAAAUUGCAGGGCUCCUGGGUGACAUUGGAGGCCAGAUGGGCCUGUUCAUUGGGGCCAGCAUCCUCACAGUACUGGAACUCUUUGACUACGCCUAUGAGGUCAUUAAGCACAAGCUGUGCAGAAGAGGAAAGUGCCAGAAGGAGGCCAAAAGGAGCAGCGCGGACAAGGGUGUGGCCCUUAGCCUGGAUGACGUCAAAAGACAUAACCCGUGUGAGAGCCUCCGGGGCCAUCCUGCCGGGAUGACGUAUGCUGCCAACAUCCUACCUCACCAUCCGGCCCGAGGCACUUUUGAGGACUUUACCUGCUGAGCCCCGCAGGCCACCGUACCAAAGGCCUAGGUGGGGAGGGCUAGGAGAAUAAGGGGGCCCUCAGUUGCGCCCCUCCGCAUCUGCCCUGGGGACUCACUCCCCCCUCCCAAGGUAGUCCCCCACUCCUGGGCAGUCCUUUCCUCUUGUCUGUGGUGAGGAAGGAGUCUUGACCAUAGAGCCCUCUCCCUGCCUCUAUCCCGUUCUUUUUAUUUUUAC